GCGGAAAUUCAGCGCAUGCCGGCGUUGGCCAUCGCGCUCAUAGGGAACCCCUCUGAGUGACUCGUGCUCGAUGAGUUCUCCACGAGUAUCGACGCUAAGAUGAAACGUGAGAUGUGGGGUACACUCAGGACAGUCGCAGUGGACAAGGCUAUUGUCGUCACGCUACACUCCAUGGAGGAAGCGUCCGCACGGGCUAAAAAGGUCGGCAUAUUGGCGAAGAAGAUGUUAGCUGUGGGCACAAACGAUGCACUGGCCCAACGGUAUGCCACCUACGAGGUGCAUUUAUGUUGCCCGACGUGCGAGGAGGUCGUCCGCGCACAGGAGCUCAUGCCACAAAUUCCCGGAGUGCGUAUGGCAGACGACGUCGCAACGCGCUUGGAAGUGCGGCUCGAGACAGACAUGUCCCUUGCGCGACUCAUCGGGUUACUCCCAUUGCAAGAGGACUUCGCGCGGAGUUCACCGUAGAAAGAGCGGGACUGGAGAGCGUGUUCUUGAAGGUCAUCCGAGAGAACGAUGUGCUCAAUGCGGACCGCUCGACGCCUAGGCGGAGGUGGCGGAGGACUUGCUGAUAGUGGUCAGCCAUUGUCUUGCUCGAAGCCGUGGCUCUCGUGAAAGCUACGUCGGUACUGUCACGGUCCCAGACUAACUUAACAAGUGCAAGCCAGCCGAGUUAGACUGUCGGCUUCCAUACGAGUCGACACCCGGGUCGCACGGGUAAUCCUCGCAUAGUGCAAGGUUGACGAGAUGGAUGAGAUAUAUGAAAACCCCGAGACCGACAUGGCCAUGUAAUUAUCGCACCUGCAGUACUUAGCAGGCUAGUAGUGGCCGAUUAUAUCUUAG